GGAGCAUCGGCCCGGUGAUUUAUACCUAUUUGCAUCCAAAGACAAUCGCCUCGUGGAUAUCUCGUGGUCAUUCCACUGUUUUCCUCUUACUUUCACUAUAUCUUCCUCAUUUUCUUGUAUUAUUACCUUCUUGUACCACUCUUAUAAUGUUCCAGUCUAGCUCAGACACUAGUGUCAACUCUCCAACUCCAAUCAGUCUUUUCUCUAAUGAUUCCGUGCCUUCGGAGCCUACUUCAGACGAACAGCCUAAUCUCGGUGCUUUUACGACAGUACUUCGUGAGUGGAACUACCUGCAACCUCCGAGGAGAAUAAAUCCGGUGACCGCUGUACGUCAAACAUCCACGACGACCACUUCGACGACCACCUCGCAAACACAAUCUUCUAUCACUCCUUCCGACUACUCUCAUUCAGAACUUGAGUACGACAGCGACCUCAGGCCAGAAGGCUCUACUGUAUGGUCUCACAAGCCUAUAGCAUCCUAUCUCAAACUCGAUGAAACCGCGACAGAGACCGACCAAGAUUUCGACGAGUACUACUCAGACUAUCUCGACGCACAAUCUACUGCUUCGUAUACAGUACCCCGCUCUGCGCAUACCCCUUCACCACAUGCGAGCUUGCUUGUACCCACCGACUCCGAAGUGAAGCCAUAUUCAGACGUUUCUGACGAGCAGGGCUAUUAUUCAUCGGACACUGAAGGCGAUCCACAAUCUAGGACCGUAUACAUCGAGGACGGCUCCGACCUGGAUCUUGUAAUCACAAACGAUGACGGCAGCGUCGACAUGACCAAGGACGCAGAUGAGGAGGAAGUGAUGCCUACCUUGGGUUUCCAAGAGACGCUUAACUUCUUGGCUGAUGAGCGGGAGAAGCUGACUGCCCAGCGUGAUGCAGGGACCAUAGGCCAAUACAAUGGGAGAUUAGUGUCUCUGUCGGCAGCAGCAGAACCUCGUCGAAAACGUCGUCGUAGGAGAACGAAAACGCCUCGAGCCCAAUCCACAGGGCCUUCCACUCUUUCCACCACUGUUACCAGCGCGACACCCAAUGAAUCAAUGACUACGACUGCGGAUCAUGAUCCAGAUCAGGACGCGGAUGAGUCGUCUUCCUCUUAUGAUCGAUACUACAGCACCACAAGCAAUCCUAAUGACAACGUUUACAAAUCUACUCCCGGAACGCCUGCUCGUCGGGGACGACAGCGGCAGAGCCGUCUGCGGAGCACCAAAUCGACGCCUCAGUUAAGGAUUCCUGCUGAGAGACCGGAUGAUAAGAGGUCAGGAAUGCAUAGACUCUUCCUCGACGAGCAAGAUGUACCUCGUGUGAGACAGAUGAAGAGUUUGAUGAAGAAGUUGUGCCAGUUGUUUCCUGAGGAUCGGGAGUACUUGAAGCAAGUGAGCUUAAAGACAAUGGAACCACCGGAGAUCAUUUCUCCCGGACCAAUAGAUCAUGAUGGCGUCGAAGAUCUUCUUGGAGGAUUUGUUGAUACGCGGGGACCUCCACCCCAACAAACCAAUGAACGAUUAAUUCAUGUAUUUGUAGAUCAGAUUGUUAAGUUUUUGAAACGUUACCCAAACCGACAUCCCCAAGCUCGACUUGCGCCUUCAAUAACUAAACUCCGUCGACAUCUCUCGCAUUCGGCCCUAUCUCUUAUUCUUGAACGUGGGCGUCCGGUAUCUCGUCGUGUGCUUGUUGCAUCCUCCCCUCUGUAUCAGCGCUUAGAGAGUGCUAAUCAGCUAGGUUAUGAGGUUAGAACGCUCGCUCGGGUACCUGACAUGGGUGAUGGAGCGGACAGAAACACUGAUUCACGGGCAAAGUCCGGGCACAUACGAAGCCAGAGCGGUGGUUCUGGCGUUGUUGUCGGCCGAACACCGGCUUCUGCGGCCAACAUUGGGAUCAUUGUUGGUCAGGGUGCAUCGCCAAGGCCGUCGAGGUUGAGGUCUGGGAGUGUGAAUACAGCUCCGACGGGAGGCAGGAAGAAGGGUCAUUUGAGGAGGAUUUCAGGGAGUACAUCAACUGAAAGCGAGCAAGGCGGUGGGGGGAGUGGAUCGGGUAGUGCAGGCACGUUAUCGCAGGUUUUGUUGAGGAGCAUUACAACUGGCGUAUCUAUUUCGCCACCUGGCCAGUUAUCUCUGGUCAUGCCGAAUUCACAGGGAAAUACACCUCCCGCGCGGAUUCGCUAUAGAGAGCAGGGUGUUGAUGAGCUGCUGCAGCUUAAGCUUCAUCAAGCGCUGGCGUCGAUCGAUGGUCCGCCUCCGCCUGGAAGCACGAUUAUUUUGGCUACUGGAGAUGGCAAUGCGGGCCAAUUCAACGAAGAUGGGUUUUUGGGUACGGUGCGAACUGCGCUGAAGAAGGGUUGGAAAGUGGAGCUGUAUGCCUGGGAAGGUGGCAUGAGUAAGGCGUGGAAAAGGGAGUUUGGCGAGGGCAGCGAAUGGGGGAGCGGUCAGAUGUUUAGGAUCGUGGGAAUGGAACAGUUUGGAGGUGAGUUGGUUGAGGUUUACACGUAUAGUGCCGGUGGCGAUGGCGAGUGAGUAUCAUUAAGGAAGAGAAACAAGCCAGCUAUGUUACAACUUAGUGUCUAUAGUUGACGUGUCUGCCGCUUUCACGCAGCAUCAGCUUUCCUUCCUUAGAAAUUUAUAUAUCUCGGUCCUCGUGUCGUUAUACUUUUUCCGACAUCCGAUCGCAAUGUGUAUUGCAAGACAUUGGCGUCAGUUAAUCUCGAUCAAUAUUCGCCUUUGCUUCCAUAGGU